UGUGAUCCUCCACCUUUUGCUUUUAGUAAUUAACCGGGUUUGAGUGAGGUUGUUGAAAUGACCUGGAAGGAGAGGUUGCAGACCUUCCAGAAACGUUGCUUAUUGGAUAGGAUUCCCCACUUAGUACGUUGCUUCGGAGAAAACACAGCAGUUGUCGGCAAGUUGCCGAGUUUAACCUAACGGUGUCACCUGCACUUCCGCACGCGCACUUGUGUCUCUUGUCCCCACACGCACGAUCCGUGAAAUGUAGUAUAUGUGCCUGAAUCUGUUGUAACUGGCAUAGCAAGCUCGGGACUUUCAAGUUGGGGUAUUGUAAAAUCGUUAGCUAUGGCAACCAAGACAGGAAAUAGAACACUAGAAAGCGAACCGUUGGUAGGGUUAGUUAGGGAGCUGUCGGACGCAUUCGACUUCUUCGACCUCAACCGGGACGGGAAGCUCUCCGUCGAAGAAAUAGCGACCGUGGUGCGAUCCUUUGGGGAGGAGGUUACGCAAGAAGACAUUCAGAUGCUGAUUACCCGCGUGGACAGCGACGGUGACGGUAGCCUUGAUCUCUGUGAAUUCAUCGACUUGAACACGCGAGCCAUGAGCACAUCCACCUCAUUGGACUCACAAUUCUCUACCGAGAAUGCCGAGGACGACGCCUUACUCGCUACCUUCAACAGAUUUGACAUCAACAAAGAUGGCUUCAUCUCUGCCGACGAGCUUCACCGGUCCUUAGCCGCGUUUGGCGAGGAUAAAUUCAGCCUGGAAGAGUGUGGGAGCAUGAUCAAAUGCGUUGACGAAAACGGCGAUCACUUGAUAAGCUUCGCAGAGUUCCAAUCCUUGAUGAGCGAUCAGCCAGAGAUGCGUGGCGCGGCGUUACAAUCAGUGCUGGCGGCCGCAUCACCGUCACCGUCUUGAGCACCAUCGUCAUAACCCCUCCCUCUCGGUGCACACAAUCAAUCUUGCGUCGCCAUUAUUUGUGUGAGUGUGUGUGUGAGAGAGUGUGUGAGAGUUGUACAGUAAAAUUUUGCACAUCGAGAGAGUGAGAAAAAGAGAGCUCUCGCUCUCUCUGGAUGUGCUUGUGCGUCCCUCGGAACAGUUUAGCUUAGUUUAGUUUAGGGUUUAGUGUUGUUGUAUUGUAAGCAUGCUCCAUGAAUUUGCUUCAUGGUUUGUUUGCUUCAUGCAAUUUUGAGCUUCCUUUCUUCACUUCUCCACAUAAAUGACAACGUUGGUGGUCGGUGGUCUAAGGUUGGAUUUAUGGCUAAUGCACAAUUGAUAAGUAGAAAUGAAACCAUGAUAUUUGGAAUGAUA